AUGGCUGGUAACGCCUCGGUCGUGUAUGACCUCCCUCCACUGCCAACUUUCACCCUGUCGGUGCGAGAGCCGCUUCUUCCGCCAAUUCCCGACAAUGUCCUGGCGCUGAUGCUGCCCAUCAUCGCCUACUGGGGCCUGUCAAUGAUAUACCACUUUAUCGACGUCAACGGUUAUUUUGAACAAUAUCGCUUGCAUACCCCAGCUGAAGUUCUCAAGCGAAACAAAGUCACCCGGUGGGAGGUGAUCCGUGAUGUGGUUCUGCAACAGAUUAUUCAGACAAUCGCCGGAUAUGCAAUGUCCUACUUUGAUGCGGCCGAAGUGGUGGGUCGGGAAGAACAUGAUGUGGCUGUGUGGGCUACACGCCUGCGACUCGUUCAAAAAGCGAUCCCAUCAACUUUAGCAUUUGUUGGGGUGGACGCGCUCGGCUUGUCCAAAUCCAUGUAUCAGAACGGGCACUCAAUGCUCGCCGGCGUACUUGCGGGUGGCUCUUAUCCGGGAUUGGUGCAGUCCGUUGUUCUCGAUAACGGAGCCCAGGCCAUGGCUCCUGCAUUUGCAAGCUGGGAGCUCUCUGUGGCGAGUUUCAUCUAUUGGUACUUGAUUCCAGGCUUCCAGUUCGCUCUCGCCGUAUCGAUCUUGGAUACCUGGCAAUAUUUCCUGCACCGUGCAAUGCACCUCAAUCGCUGGCUCUACGUAACUUUCCACUCACGCCACCACCGUCUCUACGUACCCUACGCGUUCGGUGCUCUGUACAACCAUCCUGUCGAAGGGUUUUUGUUGGAUACUGCGGGUACUGGCGUCGGGUACUUGGUUUCGGGGAUGACCAGCCGUCAGAGCAUGCUGUUCUUUACUUUCUCCACUAUCAAAACCGUCGACGACCAUUGCGGUUAUGCUUUCCCAUGGGAUCCUCUGCAGCACGUCACCUCCAACAAUGCUGCUUAUCACGACAUUCACCAUCAAAGCUGGGGUAUCAAGACCAACUUCUCCCAGCCGUUCUUCACUUUCUGGGAUCGGCUCCUCAACACGCAAUGGAAGGGUGAGACCAAGCUUCGAUACGAGCGAGCACGUGAGAAUGCGCAGAAGCAGCUGGACUCUGAAAUCAACCAAGCAAAGAUUGAGACGCCGAUCUUGACUAUCCCUCAAGAGCGUGAACCGGAAAGAGUUGUGGUCUCUACUGACGGUCCCGCAACGAGAACUCGUUUUCGACGAAAGACAGUAGAUAGUCUGAAAGGCCCCAGUCAUGGUGUUCCCGGCAGUGUGCUUCACAAAUAG